UCCUUUUUUUUUCUUUCUUACACUAUGUUGUCUACAUCGAGAAUAAUUAGAACUACACCUAGAAUUCAACAAGCCUUUCGUUCUUUGACCACAACUACACCUGAAGUAUCAGCAACCGAUAGUCCUGUUCUCGAAUUACCUAAAGCAACUGAAGUAAAAGAAGAAUUCAGCCAAGUGUUUGAAGUACCUAAGCGUAUUACACCUACUCAUGAUAUUCCUGUCUGUAAUGUUCAAUUAAGAGGAUAUCUCCCUCAACAACUUGAUUUUUUCGCUGAUUUCGCUCGCCGCGCAGCUUUUCAUAUGGGCAUGCCAUGUUCUGGUACAGUCCCAUUGCCCACUCAAACUUCACGUUGGACAGUGAUUCGAUCCCCUUUUGUUCAUAAAAAAUCACAAGAAAACUUUGAGAGAAAGACACACAAGCGAUUACUUCAAAUCAAAGAUGCUCAUCCUGAAGUUGUUGAAAGAUGGUUACAGUAUUUGACAAUGAAUGCUCCUGCUGGUAUUGGUUUGCGUGCAACAAAGUUUGAAUUUGAAUCAUUAAAAUAAACAAGUGUGAAACAACAACAACAACAACAACAACUGUAUAUUGACAAAGAAACAUACGAUUUACAAUUCAUUAAAAUUCCGCAUACAGUGACAAGGAUAGCUUCAUGAGUGAAAAAAUAAAAAAAUAAAAAAAGAAAGGAG